UUAGGACUCGUGUGUUUUCGUACCUGCUGUAUCGAGUUGUCAGAAUAUUGACUGUACGGAUUUGGUAAAUAUGGGUGGACCAUGAAGUUGCCCAGAAGUAAAGUGGGCAGGGUACCAAGAGUUUUAUGAUUGCUGGGGGCUGCAGAAGUCCUCUUGUAGCUCUGACACUGGAGCCUUUAGGAGUGACAAACACCACCAUUCAGGGAACAGCCCAACCACUGCCUCCUCGGAGGCCCCCUCUUCCUUCUGCCUCAUCUUCCAUUCAGAGUGUCCCACAACGUCGGGCUCCUGUUCCACCCACAUCAUCUGGAAUUGGAACUGCUCUCCAAACACAUCCUGCUCCACUAAGACCAUGUGCUUCCCACAAUCGUUCAAGUUUGUCUGUUUCCAGAAAGGAAUUUGUGUUUGGCUCACAAGAUCCACUCAUCGUAGCUUGGGAUAUCAAGGAGGAAGUGACACCUUCUGAUUGGAUUGGGCUGUAUAUUGUUGAUGAAGCUGAUCCCUUUCGUUUCUUGGGAUAUAAAAAUAAACGAUCUAACAAUACCCAAAAAGGACAAGUAUCGUGGUUCAUUGAUUGGGAUAGUCAAUUCCCUGAAGAUGCAACAGAUGUUUGUUUUCGAUACUACCAUGGAGUCACAGGAGCACUCAGAGCUGUUAGUCCUGUUGUUACAUUAAGAAAGUCCACCGAUGUCAGCAGCCAGAAUGGUUCAAGCAGUGAAGAGGUAUUUUUACCUUCUAGUAGUCAACAAACUCUUACUGAGAUGGUGAAAUUCUCUCUCACAAACAUUCAAGCCAAGAAUCUUAAAAAAGGAAUGUUUUUUAGUCCUGAUCCAUACAUAAAGAUUUCAAUUCAACCUGGUAAAGAAGAAACCAUACCAUUGUCCCAUCAUGGUCAAGAAUACCGGAGUGCAGUAGUGGACUCGACUGUUAAUCCUUGCUGGAAUGAAAAGUUUGAAUUUGUUGCUUCACCAUUUGACAAUUUGGAGUUUGAAGUCAAAGAUAAAUUUUCGAAGAGCAGGCCAAUCAUCAGUCGUUUCUUAGGAAAACUCAGCAUUCAGGUUUCUUUUUUGAAAGAACAGUAUAGUGGUACUCCAUUGGAGCUGACCUUUAGCCUGACCAGUAAAAGUCCUUCAGAACAUGUAACUGGACAGCUAUCUUUCAAAUUUACACUUGAAAGUGGGCCAGUUGAUUUGUGGACUCAGGUGAGACAGGUUCAUAAUCCUAUAUAUAUGUCAGAUCUUCCUAUUGGACAAGAAGGAUCAUCUCUUCCUUCCACUCCAGUUCAUCAACCUCCUCACAAAGCUGCUAGGGCCACUUCAGUUCCCAAUGGAAACAUUCCCCAGCCUCCUUCUGGCCAGAAUUUAUUAGAACCAGUGUUUCAGACAGAGUCAGUCUCCACAGUAACACAAAAACCUGUUAAUUCUGUAUCUUCUCAACCAUUGGUAAGCAGUGCUUCAACUAUAUGUGGUAAUGGAGCUGUUGCUGCCAAUGGAAACACUGUAGUAGCCUUUACAAACCCAGAGUAUGUAUUACAAAGUGUGACAGAAACACUGGCAGCUGACACUCUAGAUUUAACUAAGCCUCCAGAUAUUCCCCCACCAUUGCCACCCAAGCAGAAAACUAGGAAACACCAUGGACAUAAACCACUGGAGCGUAUGAAAGCUCUAAACCCUACUGACAAUCAAGAUGUUGGAAGUAGUGAUGAUAUUGGCCGACCCUUGUUAUCAGAAGCCAGGCAUGUUUGUCCUGAAGACAGUUUCCUUCUAGAAAUAGUUGAUACAGAUGAGCAGAAUGGUUUAUCCAGCACAGAAGAAGGACUAACACAUAGUUUGGAAUCUGAUGAAAGUCUAGAAAGUAUUCCCCCCUCAAGUUCUGUGCUGUCAUUUGACGAAGACAAUACAAAUCCUCCUCCACCACCUCAGCGGGAGCCAGGGGCUUCUCGACCUUCAAUACUUCCAGUUUCACCAUCACAUCAUUCAGAAGACUCUUCAGAGGAAGAAGAACAGUGUCCAGUAGAUAAUAUUACCCCAAGAACCUCCAUUUCACUAAUCAGCAAAACUGCACCAUUAGCUACACCUGAGCAUGACUCGGUUCAAGAAAGGGUGUCUUCUCUAGAGAAUGACUACAAUGCUUUACCAGAAAGUCAAGAAGAGAAUGAAACUGAACUAGAUGCUAUGUCAGGAGUUGUUGUUUCAAAUGAUGUGCCAAAUACUACUGUAAUCUCGGAGGAUCUAAUUGUUAGUGAAAGGGUAGAUACACAAGAACUUUAUGCAGGAGAAUUUGAUGGAGCUUGUGGUACAACAACUUCACCUCCAGGUUCUGCAAGCCCCUCACAUACUAUCAGUGGCAGCGACCAUGAUGAAGUCAAUACUGAUGGUUCUGUGGGUGGCCCAAGCACCAAUGUAUCUGAUUCUGAGACCUCCUGGUCUGGUGGUGGUGAGAAUGAAGAUACAGUUGACUACCCAGAAGAAUAUGUGUGUGAUUCAGCCUCAACUGGUACAGAGACUGCAGGCAGUCCAGAAACAGAAGAUGUUCUUACUAGUCCAUGUGAGGCAGGUGAUCAGUUUUUAGACCAGGGAUUUGAACAUAAUAGUGAACCAACAAGUGUUGAUGAACAAAUACCAGAAGAACCCUCUACAGAAGCUCAAGAAAGAACUGUAGUAGAAUGUGUAGAAAGCAUAGAGACUGAUCAAAAUGAGCAGAGCAAUACUGAAACAAGUUCUGCAACAGCUUCUGUGAGUGAAACUGUAGUGCCAUCCGAUGCAUGCCGACUGUUACUUCAGUGCUCUCCUACUCCUGCUUACCACCCUCAUCCAAGACUUCAUGCAACAAUUGAUGUUAACCACCCACUGUGGGAACCAAGAAGUUCAACUACAUGCCAACCCAUGAGAUUAGCAUCAAGCAUUCCUGAUGGAUCUCGGUUGCAGGUGGGUAACCAUCCACCAUCCACACGACUACCAUCAAUCCCAGAAAGAACUAUUCGUUACCAGAGAAUUGAACUAGAAGAGCCUCUUCCACAGAACUGGGAGGCUCGCAUUGACACCCAUGGAAGAAUCUUUUAUAUAGAUCAUUCAAAUCGUACUACAACCUGGAACCGACCUACAGGGUCCCAACAGCCUUCAACAGGCGCUACAAAUGAGCUUCAGCGACAGCAGUUAGAUCGUAGAUAUCAAAGCAUUAGGAGAACCAUAACGUCCCGUGUACAUAAUGGUACUUCUGGUUCAUCAUCAUCAUCAUCUGCUCCGGUGCCUUCAUCAAGCAAUGUUAGCAACAGGCGAGCUCAGUUACUUAAUUCACCAGCUGUGCGAUUUGUUUCUAGAUCUGAUUUUUUCAAUGUCCUUCAUAGGAAUGAUAUAUUUUCUAUGACUUGUAUGAUAUGUACCCUGCAACCAAUAAAAGCAUUGACCCAUAACCCGUUGGGUGUAUCAGUUGUGUAUGAACAGGUGUAUAAAAAGCCAGUGGGGUCCAUGAAAAUCCCGUAUCAACAUAAUCGAGAAUUAGUUAGCUUGUUUAACAAGUUUGCUGACAUUGAGAGGGAUCUUCCUCGUGGAUGGGAGUCCAAAUGGGACAGAAGUGGCAAGCAAUUUUUUAUUGAUCACACAACAAGGAGUACCACAUUCAUUGAUCCACGCUUACCAGUAGAAAUGCCAUACGUACAUCCUCACCGACUAGCUUUACCUGUGAGUCGGAGAAGGAGUAGAAGUGCGGGUGAAGAAGAGAUCCGACCUGAAACACCUACAAGGGGUACUGUCUCUGGACCGAUCCCUCCUCCUCGACCUCCUAUAACUACGUCGUGUACAGUUCCACACGUUGUGUCUCAAGUGCCUACUGCUUAUAAUGACAAAGUUGUGGCCUUUAUUCGUCAGCCAAACAUUAUUGACAUCCUCAAGGAGCGGCAUCCAGCUAUUGCUGCUAACCAAGCUCUCAGGGAUAAAGUGAAUGGUAUCAGGGUGGAAGGAACCAGUGCUUUGGACAGGCUGAGCCAUGAUAUAGACCUUACCAUACUUCUAAGUUUGUUUGAACAAGAGAUAAUGUCCUAUGUGCCAGCACAAGGUAGUGAUAAUGCAUCAGCAAGUACUAGUGGAACUCACCGGUCACCUCAUGAAUCUCCACAGUCUUCACCACAAGCAUCACCAGGUUUACAGAGAGCCAAUGUUAGAGCUCCAGCUCCAUACAGGAGAGACUUUGAAGCAAAGCUCAGAAAUUUUUAUCGUAAGCUAGAGUCCAAAGGUUUUGGUCAAGGUCCUAGUAAAUUGAAGCUUAACAUAAGACGAGAUCAUUUACUAGAAGAUGCCUUCACAAAAAUCAUUGCCACUUCAAAAAAGGACUUACAGAAGUCACGACUUUACAUCAGUUUUUCUGGAGAGGAAGGGUUGGACUAUGGAGGUCCAUCAAGAGAGUUUUUCUUCCUACUCUCCAGAGAACUCUUCAACCCUUACUAUGGUUUGUUUGAAUAUUCUGCAAAUGAUACCUACACAGUACAGGUGAGCCCUAUGUCUGCCUUUGUGGACAACCAACAUGAGUGGUUCCGGUUCAGUGGACGAGUUCUGGGCCUCACUUUAGUGCAUCAGUACCUUUUGGAUGCCUUUUUUACUCGGCCCUUUUAUAAAGCUCUACUUCGUUUGCCCUGUUCCCUGAGUGAUCUUGAAUCUCUAGAUGCUGAGUUUUAUCAGUCUCUGUUGUGGCUAAAAGAUAAUGAUAUCUCAGACAUGGGUUUGGACUUGACUUUUUCUGUCACGGAAGAAGUAGCCGGCCAAAUUGUAGAGAAGGAGCUGAAAUCUGGAGGCAAGAAUAUAACAGUCACUGAGAAAAAUAAAAAAGAAUACAUUGAAAAAAUGGUAAAGCGUCGCCUGGAACGUGGGGUGGCUGAACAAACUGAGUCAUUAGUCAGAGGAUUCUAUGAAGUCAUUGAUCCUCGUUUAGUCUCUGUUUUUGAUGCUCGUGAGUUAGAGCUUGUGAUAGCAGGAACAGCUGAAAUAGAUAUUGUCGACUGGAGAAAAAAUACAGAAUAUAGAUCAGGUUACCAUAACAACCAUCCAGUGAUCCAGUGGUUCUGGACAGCCAUUGAAAAGUUUGAUAAUGAACGUCGUUUACGCAUGCUUCAGUUUGUGACAGGAACUUCUAGUAUUCCAUAUGAAGGCUUCUCUGCCCUACGUGGAAGUAAUGGGCCACGGAAGUUUUGUAUAGAGAAGUGGGGAAAACCAACCAGCUUACCUCGAGCCCACACAUGUUUUAAUCGCCUCGACUUGCCUCCAUAUACAUCAUUUGAAAUGCUUUAUGAUAAGUUGCUUCUGGCAGUGGAGGAAUCAAGCACCUUUGGGAUUGAGUGAAUAAAAUCUAGACACCAAUUCUAAAGUUUCUUGGUCAUUCAAGGAGUAGCAAGGUUUUGUUGUAUGUUAUUGUUUUCUGUACUCCUGUUUGUAGCAGUGCUGAUGAACAUCCAUUGCUAAAUACCUGAGCUAUGCAGAACAGAAGACAUGCUGACAUUUAUUUUGGACAACUUAGUGAGGUUAUUACUCUAGUGGUAAAUGGCUGCCUUCCAUAAGAAAUGUGCACCUUAACUUCCAUUUUAUUUUCAGCACAGAGUAUUAUGCAACAGUCUGAAAUUUAGUUCUGAAAGUUGGAAGUAGAUUUGAACAGUUUUGUGCACUAAGUAAAUGUGAUGCUCAUUACACAUACUUUUUAUCAUUGUUAUUCUUUUCAAACAAUAAUGGAUAAAACGUUUCUUUUCACACAUUAAAAAAAAAAAGAGAGAGAGAAGUGUUCAGAAACCUCUGCAGCUUGAUAAUGAUCUGUGUAUCCAUUCUUUAUUAAAGAUGUUUUUGAAAUUUGAAAGUAACCUUUAAGGAAUACAUUGGAAUUUUACAGUAUCUAACAAGAGAAAAGUUGGAAUUUUUUAACGAGUGAUAGAAAAUAUUCCAACUGUCAUAUCAACUGUGAAAAUUAAUAGUGAAUGGAUUAUAGUACAGUUAUGAAAUAAAAUUCUAAGGCUUAUACUGCAAAAAAUAUAGUUUUCAGAUGGUUUCAAAACUGUUGGUACAUUUAUAAAAUCAAACCAAAUUGGAAUUCCGUGACAGUUAAAAAAAUGUUAAAAUGAUUUGACAGUUUUCAGGGUAAAUUUCUGUAAUAAUCAUAAAAGAAGAACUAAAAAUUCUUUCAGAGUGGCCAAGUAGUAAAUUUGGGAAAACUGACAUUCAAAAAGAAAUUGGAAUAGUAUAUCAGUUAUCAAACAAAGCUUUGAGUGGCUGUUAAGAAAUUAACCAUAAGACAUGCAAUAUUUUUAAUCCAGGUUACACUGUAAAAGAUGUAUAUAAGUAUUAAACAUAUGAUGCAUUCACAGAUGUGUUUUACUGUGAAUGAUGUCAGCCAAGAUAUGGCACUCAUGAGUAAGAGAUUCAGAGAAGAUUGUGUGCGACAGUGUCGAGACUAAUUUUGUUCUAAAUGUAUUUAUAGUUAAAACAUUCUUUGGUUAACCACAACUUAUUAGAAAUUAAUUGUUUUCUUAUGAUAAUUGAGAUCAGGCAAAAUGCUCUUGACUUCAGGCUUUCACUUGUAUUUGUAAUUUUAGAGGCUGGAAAUGAUUUAUGUUUAUACAGGUUUUAUCUUUUUUUUUUUUUUAUGGAUUUUGUUUUAAGAACCUGAAUUAGUAUCAAAGUCAAUGUCCCAAUCCUGUCAUUUAGAAUUUAGAAAAUAAGACAUGAGCUGAAAGCAUACCUUUCUUAAAAAAAAAGUACUGUUUUCUUAAUUUUUAAAAAAAUAGGAUAAUUUGAUUUGAAAUAAACUCAUUUAUUGCUUUCAGUCAAGGAAUAACUAUUCAAGAAUUUAAAACAUUUUAUUUAUGUAUUAUAUUCAUUUGACAAAUCUGUCAUAACCAUCACUAUGAGAAUGCUAUGAUUUUUGAUAAAUCUUACUCAGUGUUAUUAUUAACCCUUUAUCACCUCCACCCAUAUAUUUACACAUGCUACACAUAAUCUCCACCCAUAUAGUUAUGUCAAUUAUGGUAAUGGAAAAAAAAAACCCUUCCAUGGAUGAUAAAGGAUUAAUUCAUAAGCCUUGUACCACAAACCAUUACUUAUUCUGAACUUUGACUAUAUAUAUAUAAGCAAAAACAUGAGGUUGUGUGUGUGUGUAAUAAUUUUUGGCUCUUUCACAUGGUUAGUGUUUUUGUUUUGACCAACUGUCAGUUAACAGCUACGUAUAUACCUGUAUGAUACUAACCCAUUAAUGAUCAGCUAUAUUUACGUGUGAAUUACGUUGAUCAGUUAAUCAUCGUCAUUUGUAUGUACUUGUGUGGUAUUGAGCAACUAAUUAUCAGUUCCACAUAUCUGUAUGAUAUUGAUCAGUCUCGUGUAUACUCUUGUUCAGUUAGUCAUUAGUCACAAGUACCUGUAUGAUACUAUGUUGUUCGUUAAUCAGUUUCAUGUAUCUGUAUAAUAUUGAUCAGUUGAUCAUCAGACUUAUGUACCUAUAUGAUAUUAAACAUCAAUCACAUGUAUCUAUAUAAAAUAUUGAUUGAUUAGUUAAUCAUAAGCCUCAUGCAUCUGUAAGAUAUUGUUUGUUUUAUAAUCAAUCACUUAUGUCUUUGAUAUUCAUCAUCAUACGAGUGAUAACGUUUGAACAUGUGAUGCUGCAAAAUGAACCAAUUUAAUACUUGAAUACUAAACAAAUUCCUUAUGACAUAUAAAUAAAGGUUUGUUUGUUUUUUAACUAAAUCUGUAAUGCUAGAUAUACAGUGUACUAUCAGGUCAGUAGUCUUUCAUCAGUGAGUGAGUGUUCUCAUUACUUAAGUGUUUGAAAACUACAGUGAACAUUAUGUUGGUGUGAAAAUUAAAAGGAACUUUUGUUCUUCAACAUUGGAUUAUAACUAUGUUUUUGCUUACAUUGGUUACUUUAAUACUACACAAAUGUUGUAGUUUUCCAAGUUUAAAAUUGUGAAGAAUUGAUUACAAAAGUAACUGAGUCAAACAAAUUUGACCCACAUGUAAAAUCUGGAUUACAUUUACUUUAUUGGUUGUUCCUGUAUGAUAUUGAUCAGACAGUUAUCAGCCGUAGUUAUCUGUAGAUAAUGAUACUGUUAUCAUAAAUUACAUUUACUUUAUUGGUUGUUCCUGUACGAUAUUGAUCAAACAGUCAUCAGCCGUAGUUAUCUGUAGAUAAUGAUACUGUUAUCAUAAAUUACGUUUACUUUAUUGGUUGUUCCUGUAUGAUAUUGAUCAUACAGUCAUCAGCCAUAGUUAUCUGUAGAUAAUGAUACUGUUAUCAUAAAUUACGUUUACUUUAUUGGUUGUUCCUGUAUGAUAUUGAUCAGACAGUCAUCAGCCAUAGUUAUCUGUAGAUAAUGAUACUGUUAUCAUUAAUUACAUUUACUUUAUUGGUUGUUCCUGUAUAAUAUUGAUCAGACAGUCAUCAGCCAUAGUUAUCUGUAGAUAAAGAUACUGUUGUCAUUAAUUACAUUUACUUUAUUGGUUGUUCCUGUACGAUAUUGAUCAGACAGUCAUCAGCCGUAGUUAUCUAUAGAUAAUGAUACUGUUGUCAUUUACUUAAUUGGUUGUUCCUGUACAAUAUUAAUCAGACAGUCAUCAGCCAUAGUUAUCUGUAGAUAAUGAUACUGUUAUCAUUAAUUACAUGUACUUUAUUGGUUGUUCCUGUAUGAUAUUGAUCAGACAGUCAUCAGCCAUAGUUAUCUGUAGAUAAUGAUGCUGUUAUUAUUAAUUACAUAUGCUUUAUUGGUUGUUCCUGUAUGAUAUUGAUCAGACAGUCAUCAGCCGUAGUUAUCUGUAGAUAAUGAUACUGUUAUCAUUAAUUACAUAUGCUUUAUUGGUUGUUCCUGUAUGAUAUUGAUCAGACAGUCAUCAGCCGUAGUUAUCUGUAGAUAAUGAUGCUGUUAUCAUUAAUUACAUUUACUUAAUUGGUUGUUCCUGUACGAUAUUAAUCAGACAGUCAUCAGCCGUAGUUAUCUGUAGAUAAUGAUGCUG